AAUUUGAAGAUCAAUCAUCAAGAACUGCACAAGCAAAAAAGAGAAAAAAAAAUAAUAAUAAUAAUUGCCUCUAAUGGCUCUCUUUACUCUACCUCUGUGGCUUUCUCUUCUCCUACUUCUGCCAUUGUUUCUCAUCUUUCGAAAGAAGGGUGAUAAGAAACAUCUCCCACCAAGCCCUCCUAAGCUUCCACUUCUAGGAAACUUGCACCAACUCGGCAAUGAAUUGCAUCAUAUGUCUUACUGGAAAUUGUCGAAGAAAUAUGGUCCUGUUAUGCUUCUUCAUCUUGGUAAAUUAAAGACAGUUGUAGUGUCUUCUGCAGAAGCAGCAAAAGAGGCUUUUAAAGUUCAUGAUCUUGCAUGUUCAAGCAGACCACUUUUAGAUGGUUCUGGUAGACUUUCUUAUAAUUAUUUUGAUGUUGCUUUUGCACCUUAUGGUGAACAUUGGAGAAACAUGAGAAAACUGAUUAUUCUUGAACUUUUUAGCUUGAAAAGAGUACAGUCCUUUCGACCCAUUAGAGAAUAUGAAGUUGGGGUGCUAAUGGGUAAAUUAGCAGAAGCAGCAGCUUCUUCUACUCCUGUUAAUCUUACUGACAUGUUAUUUGCACUUAUUGCAAAUAUCACUUUGAAAAUGUCUUUCGGGUUUGAAUAUAGAGGCAGUGACUUUGACAAAGAAAGAUUUCAUGAAGUUGUUCAUGCAACUGAAGCCAUUUUAGGUAGCUAUGCUUUUAGUGAACUUUUCCCAGGUAUAGGUUGGUUGAUUGACAGAAUAAAUGGCCGCUAUGCAAAGACUGAAAGAGUUUUUCGUGAGUUGGAUAAAUUCUUUCAGCAUAUCCUUGAAGGUCAUCUUAAACCAGGAAGACAAAAGCAGGGUGAUGACAUGAUCGAUGUGCUUUUGGGUAUAGAGAAGGAACAAACUGAACGUGGAGGUCAAGUUGAGUUCACUAAAGUCAAUAUCAAAGGAGUUCUCAUGAAUUUAUUCGUGGGUGGAGUGGACACUUCUGCAAUUACUUUGAACUGGGCAAUGGCAGAACUAAUGAAGAAUCCAAGAGUGAUGAAGAAAGCACAAGAUGAAGUUAGAAAAGCUAUUGGAGACAAAGGAAAGGUGACAGAAGCUGAUCUUGGAAAGCUUGGGUACAUCAAUAUGAUAAUAAAAGAAACUUUCAGAAAGCAUCCUCCUGUCCCAUUACUAAUUCCAAGGGAAACCAUCUCUGAAAUUAAACUCGAUGGUUAUGUAGUUCCAGCCAACACAAUGUUGCAAGUCAAUGUCUGGGCAAUUGGACAUGAUCCCAAAUACUUUAAGGAUCCUGAGGAGUUCUACCCCGAAAGAUUUGCAGAGAGCCCUAUUGAUUAUAAAGGAAGUCAUUUUGAGUUAUUGCCAUUUGGAGCUGGAAGAAGAAUGUGUGUAGGGAUGCAUGUAGGAGAAAUGAACAUUGGGAUUGUCCUUUCAAAUCUCUUGUACUGUUUUGACUGGAAAUUGCCUGAUGGGAUGACAAGGGAAAAUCUCAACAUGGAUGAGAUGGACCAUGUUGCUCUUACUGUUACUAAGAAGGUACCUCUUUCACUUGUUCCUGUCAAGUACAAUCCAUGAAUAUUGCUUGAGCUGGCUAUAUAUAUAUUUUAGAUAAAAAGUGCACGAUGUGCAUCUAAUAAAUGUAUGGAUGUAAUGUGUCUGUAUCAUGUAAUGUUUUUGAAGUUUUUGUUGCUUCUUCUUCCUCCAAGUUCCAGCAAUUUAGCUUUGCGUUGUAUAAAUAGCUUUUGUACUGCUGUAAGCAGAUAUUCAAAAUAAAGCAUUUGCUAUAUAAAGUA